AUGCUCCAAGAGUACCACAAGUACAUAUUCACACCGAAAGCGGCCCAAGGUGUAUUUGAAGCACGGGAGCACUUAUUGGACGAGGAGGGCCAUGCCGUAGGCACCGCUGAUAAGAUUGGCACUUCAAAAGAUGAUUGUUACGAAGUACGAAGUAUUCGUGGGAAGGGCAAAGGCGUCAUUUCCAAACGAGAGAUCAAAAAGGGCGAUAUAAUCAUGCUCGACUCAGCUGCAAUUGUUUCGAGCGCACGGCUACCACUGCAUAUCACGCCCCAUGAAGGAUCCAAGCUGCUCGAGACUGCGGCACGUAUGCUCACUGAAGAGGACUACGAUGCUAUCAUGGCGCUCGAUAAGCCUUCCGGGACAACAGGACUGGACGCCAUAUUGAAAACAAACUCCUUCUCGUGUCAGUUCAACGACGGGGGUGUCGGGGAUGAGUACUUGUGUCUUUUUCCCAAGGUUUCCAGGAUCAACCAUGCUUGUCAACCAAACGCGAAUGCGAAAUUUAUCCCACGGACGCUAUCAAUGGAAAUCCGAGCGCUGAGGGAUAUCCCUCCCUGGCAAGAGAUCACAAUCUCAUACGGCAAGGUUAAUUUGAAAUAUGCUGAGCGCCAAAAGUUGUACAAAGAGAAUUGGGGUUUCAAGUGCUCGUGCAAUCUAUGCGCAUCUGGCAUAUACAAACUUGCGGAGAGCGACUGGAGACGAGAGCGCUUUACACAACUUCAUGAUCAAUUGGAGGCCUUGACUGCCGAAGACUACAACACUGAACAGGUCAUUCAGUGGGAGAACGAGAUUUUGGGGAUCAGCGAGACGGAAGGCCUAGAAGUGCUCGUGACAGAAGACAUGGAGCGGAUGGCUUAUGUCUAUGCUGGUCUUGGGAGGCACUCAGAGGCGCUGGCUUGGGGCCACAAGGCGAAACAAAAUCUGUUGCAGUGGAAACUGGGUCCGAAAGAUACUAGUGAUGAUCUCAAGCGGAUUGAAGAGCUUUUGGUUGAUUUACAGCGGGUCUGA